GUCACGCGCUGGCACAUGACGAGUGUGUAGCUGUGUGUUUGUGUGUACACUCGGCCUUUUUUGGAACUCACGUCGAUUACGAAGCCUAUGUUCCUUUAAUUACAGGUUUCAGAAAAUGACGGAUUCAAAAGUUCUCUUGUUUGUAGGGAGAUCUGGUAAUGGGAUAACCUCGACCAUAGACGCUAUGUUUAAAGGCCUGAAUGCCAGGGGUAGCAGAGCUGGGGUUGACAACGGCGAUGGGGACGGUACAGGCAAUCAAGCAGCAGGGGCUACCGGGGGUCAAGGAGAAGACGUUAUGGAAGAUCAAGGAGUAGAACUUACGAAAGAUCUAGUAGAAGAGGUUGUAAAAGUUCAAGAAAAAGAUGAUGCGAAAGGCCUAGGAGAAGUGGUUGUAGAAGUUCAAAAAAAUGAGGACGCGGAAGAUCUAGGAGAAGGUGCGAAAGGUCAAGUAGACGAAAGUGCCAUUGUAAGAAAACUUUGCGCUUCUGAAAAGUCAGGCUUCCAAAUACGUACAAAUGGCUCUGUUACCGCUGUUGAUGGGUAUGGUCUUGCAGAGCCCAAAGCAGACCAGGUAGUGUUAAAUACAUUGUUAGAAGCACGCAUCAAGCAAAUGAAUGAAGACACUUCAGGGUUCGUGGCUCUAAUCUUUGUGCUGAAGUAUGGGGUACGCUUCACAAAACAGGAACAUGACUCCGUGGCAAUAGUUAAAAAACGUUUCGGUGAAACUAUUUUUAGACAAAGGGGAAUAAUUGUGCUGACUCACGGGGAUAACUUUGAAGUUGACAAUGACGAAAAUAAUCCUGAUGCUUUCAAAAAAUGGUACGAAUCUCAAAGCGGUGCGUUCUGUGAUUUGUUGCAAGAUUGCGAGAAGCGUAUCGUAUUGUUCAACAACAAAACAUCUAACCUAGCUCAACAACAGCAACAGAGCGAUGAGCUGCUCCGUCAUGUUGAAACAGUUCAACAAAAAAAUAAAUCAGAACUGCAGACUUCAGUGGAUAUCAGUGAUGAGGAAGAUACAGAUGACAAUACUUCCCUUCUUGGUGAAAGAACCCAGCGUACACACAUUAGGAAGUGUACUAACUACGAUUAUUAUUUUUGGAUAUUUUAUCCCGUUUUGGUAGCGGUUUGCGUGAUUAUAGAAUUACUUGUUCUACGACUCUACAAUAUCAUUUGAAAAACGUUUUUUUUUUGUCUAUGUAACUUUUUUGUCAAUGUAACUUCGAUAGCUACAUUCUGUAACCACCUUGAUCAAACAUGGUCAUUUCUCUUUUAAAAAUUUAAAGAUUAAAAAAAAUAUUGGGAUGAAAUGUGUAGGUGCAUGUUUAGCUAUUUGUGAAGAUUUUUAUUUGAUAAACUGUUUGAUGUCAUAACGUUGUGUAAGACUGUAAGUAUUAGUUACAAUAAAUUAGGAAUACUAAUAUAGUUUUGGAUUAGUGAAGGCGAUUAUAGCAACAUAAAACGUGAAUUAUGUUGAGGGUUGUGUUUUUUAGAUUAAUAAUAGCCCUUAAUUAGUAUUUGGAUAUUUAAUGGGACAAAAUCUCAUAAUUAUAUUUUUGACAACCUGGUUUGGAGAAUGGAAUUUUCUUGUUUGGGUCAAUUAAUUAGGACUACGAGUGGCAUCAGUUUAAGAAAUUUUGAUUGACAGUGACUGUUUUAAUACGUCGAUCGAAUUGCAAGUGUAGGGGACCAUUUUAUUUUGGUGGGACUGUAAGGUGUUGAUAUUUUUUAAUUUAUUUUGUGGGACUAUUCUUAUCGAUACAACAUAGAGCUGUUUAGUGGGAUAAAUACUAUUGAUACCACAACAUUUUUCUCCUGAUAUGCAUGGCAUGGCGAAUUGUUUUUGUGUAUUUUUAUAGGGAUACUUGAUCUUUCUAUUUAUUUAGCUCUCGCCAGUUUUUGCUACUCAACUAUGUAUACUCACUCUAUUUUUAUUAUUGAACGCCUUAAUUGCAAAAUCCAGUUCUCCCCACUCAGUGUCGCGUAAAACGACGAGAUUUCGAUAAAUCUGGAUUUACAAUUUUAGCCCGAUUAAAAUAAGUCCCCUAUACUCCGUAAUAUUAUAAAGUACUGAGGUGUAAAACUGGAAAUUGUCAAAAUUUCAUGUGAUUUUUGUGCACGAUUACAAUAUUUCCUCUGUACUCUGUGUACGAGAAAGUACAAAAAAAAAACAACAAAGGAGCGGAUCUAAUAUGCUCUCCUUUUGGUCUCAAAUAAUCGUGUUUUAAAAAUGUUUAUAUCUAAUUUAAACCUUUUUACAAAUUCUUUUAUUUUCAAUAUCUGAUUUUAACCCGCCGAAAAUUUGUGAAAAGAGUAACUUCUUACGGGCAAGCCGAUCAAA